AUGAUCCCGGACAGUACACAUAUCCCAGCCGAGGACAGUCAUGACGGAACGGUGUCUCUCACCCAACUUCCCACGGAGAUCCGACAAGCCAUACUUGAAGAGGUCAUCCUGAGCCGCCCUGUCCCGGCGCGAAAUCCUUCCGAGAGCCAAGCAGAGCGCUUCAACAUGCUAACCCAUCGCGGCGUUUGGAUUCUUGAUCGACGUGGCUCUUCAGCCCCCAGCCUCCUCUUGGUCAAUAAACAAAUCAAUGAGGAAACUAAGGUGGUUACAGCAAGAACGCCAGUGCGGUGUUAUGUGGAUUUAAUGUUCGUCAAGUCCUGCGGUCUCUGGCCAUCUUGGUAUUUCUCCCAGCAACUAGCGACAGAGUACAUCGAUUCUGUCGAGGCCACCAUUCGCCUUUUCGAGCCCAUGGAGGACUUGGACCCAUGCUUCUCAGGAAGCAUGAGUUUGGUAGGAGGCGCCGGCGGGCCUCCGGGAGCUGUAUGGGACUUUUAUAAAAUGUUGGCUGCACUGUUCAUUGAGCCAGGAUUUUCUUUUCUAGAAGACUGGUUUAGCCUUGAAAAUUUCGAACCAAAUUAUGUCGUUAGGAAGUUAGUCAUUGACGUACUUCCACCAACCGAUGGCUAUCCCCAUAGAAGCGUCACCUUCACCGAGGCUGAGCUGGACAGCGACGCUGGAUACUGGGCGGAGGGGCGCUAUGGAGCCAACGAUGCUUCAAAACCAGCAGAACUUCGCCUUGCAGAUUUUUUGCUGGGACAUUUUGACUGUCUCUGGGACGUCGGACGAGGAACCGAGUAUUGGGCCAUCUUUUGCGAGUGCGUGACGGAUCGCAUUGUGUUUCGAGUCAACGGAAACGACUAUCGUGUCUACAACAUUGACAGGGUGAUCGAAAUGUGUAUGCGAGAUGACUUCAUCGACAUUGACCCGGUAAGGAAGCAAACAAGGCUGGAUAAUCUAGCAGUCUGGAAAGCCUGGUUGGAUAAGCGGAGAAGCAAGAUGAAACUUGGAUUACCACUCGGUGAUAAUCCGCGACCUGUAACGAACUGUAUCAGUGCAGGCUUCGGAUCACCAACUAGAAGGGGGAUCACGGAGGGUAACAACUAG